UCACACCCUUGUCAGCGAGACUCAACAGAUAGUCAGAAAGCCAUGACGAGUCCCUUAUGUGGGGAGAAUGAAGUUGUAGUACACCGGCCCCAUCGAAAAUCAUAUCCCUGCUCAGAAUGUGGAAAGUGUUUUCCUUCACUGUCGACUUUUAAAAUCCAUGAACGCAUCCACACAGGAGAAAAGCCUUAUUGCUGUUUACAGUGCGGGAAGAGUUUUAAAACAAAGGGUUAUUUCAAAAUUCAUCAGCAAAUUCACACCGGAGAGAAGCCGUAUCACUGCUCUGAGUGCGGGAAGAGUUUUAAUCGACGGGAUCAUUUCAAGCUACAUCAGUUCACUCACACAGAAGAGAAGCCAUAUCACUGCUUACAGUGUGGGAAGAGUUUUAAACAACGGUGUGGUCUAAAAGAGCACCAACGCAUUCACACAGGAGAGAAGCCGUUUCACUGCUCUGAAUGUGGGAAGAGUUUUCCUUAUCGAACUAGUUUCCUAUUACACCAACGUAUUCACACCGGAAAGAAGCCGUAUCACUGCUCAGAGUGCGAGAAAAGUUUUGUCUAUCUAGGAGGUCUCCAAGUACAUCAGCGUACUCACACUGGAGAGAAGCCGUAUCACUGCUCAGAGUGUGGGAAGAAUUUUAGCCAAAUAACUCAUCUCCAAGUACAUCAGCGUACUCAUACAGGACAGAAGCCAUAUCACUGCUCAGAGUGCGGGAAGAAUUUUUCCCGUGACUGUUAUUUAAAAAAACACGAGCUCAUUCACAGAAGUCAAAAGCCAUAUUCUUCACAGUGAUGGAAAGCCAAUAGUAGUUAUCACCUAACCAGAAGUGCA